UCCAUCUAUCAUCGUCCAUGAAUCCAACACAACCAUGACAGAUAUAUGAAAGGGACACUUUGUUUCCUCAUUCAUUCACACCCCUUUCUCUUUCUCUUUCUCUCUCUCUCCACUUCUCUUCUCACUACUACUCCCUCCCACAUCAAAUGCAUUGCAACUUCUCUUCUACCGACACGUGUAUUUAUAUGUGUGAGUGUUUCAUUUUACUCUGUUCUCAAAACUUAAUAAAAUCUUAUUCGCUUUCUGUUUCAAUCACAUCUCAAAUUCAUCAUUACUUUACCUAAUUUCACUCUCUUAAUCUCUUCUUUCUCAUCACAAAUCAUAACCCUAAAAAAAAUUUAUAGUUUUGAUCAACAAAACUCAGUUUAAGGUUAGUUUAAGGUUGUUUUUUUUCUUGUUUUGUUGUGUACUGUGAAAUAAAAUCUCUGUUUUUUUAACCUUAAUUGAGUUUUCUUAAUAACCAAGUUUCAAUCUUUUCCAUGAUCAUGAAACUGGGUUUGGUUUAUUAAUCUCAAAAAACAUUUCUUCAACCAAUAUGUCACAAUCCAAACGUUUGUUUUUCACUUUGUUCUUAAACACCUCGUUCCUUUUGUUGUUUUGUGUUUUUCUUGCUCUUCACUUUGAAUCCUCAGAACAUGUUUUUCUUAGGAACAAAACCAACAACAAAGUCAAAAACAAAAACUUUAUCUUUAGUGUCAGUGAUGAUAUUGAUGAAGAUUGUAAAAGUUUUCAUAGCUUAAGUGAUUAUAAAGCUAAAUGCUUUUACCUUAAAUCAAACAACCCAUGUGUCUCACAAGGCUAUGUUGAUUAUCUUUACCUUUUCUAUUGCAAAAUUGGAAAUUUCCCUUUUUUGGGUCAUACCCUUUUGUUUCUAUGGCUAUUGGUUCUCUUCUAUCUUCUAGCUAAUACAGCUUCUGAAUACUUUUGUCCUUCUCUUGAUAAUCUCUCCAAAGUUUUGAGACUUUCACCAACAAUUGCUGGUGUCACUCUUCUCUCUCUUGGAAAUGGUGCUAAUGAUGUUUUUGCUACAUUUGUUUCUUUCAAAGGUAGUGGAACACAAGGCAUUGGUUUCAACACUGUUCUUGGUGGUGGUUCCUUUGUUUCAUGUGUUGUUGUGGGAAUUAUAAGUAUAUCAGUUAGACAUAAAGGGAUUCGUGUUAAAAAAUCGGCUUUGAUAAGAGAUGUUUGUUUUCUUCUCUUUGUUCUUGUUUGUUUGUUCACUAUCUUCAUUAGUGGUGAAAUCAAUGUUUUUGUGGCAAUUGGUUUUUGUUUGAUGUAUGUGGUUUAUGUUGGUGUUGUUUAUGUCUCAUCUAGUAAAAGAAAAGGUGUUUGCGAUGAAGAUGCUGAAACUGAAACUGAUUAUGAUGAUUCAAGGAAUGGUAAUUGCAAUGAUUUAGGUGUUCCUCUACUUGGUUAUAUGGAGAAAGGAAUGAUAAAUGGUGCUGAAGAAUGUGAGUUUAGAAUUGAGAAGAAUUGUUGCAAUGAAAAAUCAUCAUUUUGUAGAAUUUUACUCUAUGUUUUGAAUAUGCCACUUUACUUACCUAGAAGAUUAACAAUUCCUGUUAUUUGUGAAGAAAAAUGGUCUAAGCUAUAUGCAGUUUCAUCAGCUAUAUUAUCACCACUUUUGUUAGCUUUUCUAUGGAUUCCAAACAAUGAAAGUUUCUCAAGUUCAUCAAGCUUAAUAGUUUUUGGAAUUGGAUUAUUGAUUGGAAUUAUCUUAGGAGUAAUAGCAAUUAUCACAACUGAGUCAUCAAAUCCACCAAAAAAGUACUUAUUACCAUGGCUAGUUGCAGGUUUUGUGAUGAGUGUGACAUGGAGUUACAUUUCAGCUCAAGAAUUAGUAGGAUUGUUAGUUUCACUUGGUUUCAUAUGUGGUGUUAAUCCAUCAAUACUUGGAUUAACAGUACUUGCUUGGGGGAAUUCAAUUGGUGAUUUAGUGACUAAUUUGACAAUGGCUUUAAAUGGUGGACCAGAGGGGGUUCAAAUAGCAAUUUCAGGUUGUUAUGCUGGUCCUAUCUUCAACACAGUUAUUGGAUUAGGUUUAUCUCUUGUUACCACAACUUGGUGUGAGUACCCUUCAUCUAUUGAGAUACCUAAAGAUCCAUAUUUGUGGGAAACAUUGGCAUUUUUGGUUAUUGGAUUGAUUUGGGCACUUGUUGUUUUGAUCAGAAGAGAUAUGAAGCUUGAUGCAAUGUUAGGUGGAGGACUAUUAGCUAUUUACUUUGUUUCUCUUAUUCUUAGGCUUAUUCAAACAUUAGGGUCACUUCAAUUUAAGGAUAUGUUAGUGUGACUCUUCAAUUAGGAACUGACAUUACUUUUAUGUAUAUGUAUGUAUAGUAUAGAGUCAUGAUAUGUAAAUUAUAUGAUAGGUAGGUGUUAUUUGUUAGGGCUUAUUAUAGAGGUAUACAAGUAGAACUUCCACAUCAAUUAAGUUGUACCUAGCUUUCAUUUGGUGAUUACUUAUAAUUUACUGAUGCAUCAAGAUGCUGUUACAAAUCUUGUGUUUGGAGGAUUGAGGACUCAAAAAAAAAAAAGAGAUGCUGUUAUAAUUUACUGAGGCAUUAAUUCAUCAAUUCAUAUCCAUGUAGGGUAUUGUACUGUUAUAAAUUUCUUACUAUCCGGGAUUAUCAUCUUAAGCAUUUUGCUCUUACUAUCUCUUAUAAUUAUAAGUUUUAUAUUUGGAGGAUUGUGGAAGGUCAUAAAA